GUGCGCGCCGUCCUCUCGCGUCCCGAUCUCUUCGGAGUCGCGGGCCACGACGGCGGCGGAGAGAGCGCCCAGUAGAAAGAGUCAGUGCUGCGCGGGCCUUCGUGGCGCGAGGAUGUGGCCCCCGGCUGUUGCGUGCGCCGGUGGCGAACAGUAGUGCGUGCGUGCGUGCGUGCGUGCGUGUCUCUCGUGUCGGACCUUCCACUUUUAUUUCCCUUUCUCCUUACUCUGUCUACCACUCGCACUCGCUCUCUUUCCUACUCCGCUUUUCUCAACCCCCGUUGCGCUAUCGAUUUGCGCUCCGAGUGCGUGCCCCGCUGUAAACCCUCGCGGAACUUUGGAAACUUUCGCAUUCUCCCGUAACAACACACACACCACCUUCCCUCUUCCGCGAACUUUCCCCCGCGUGUAUUUAAAAUAUCGUUCCGUUUGUGUACCUUCCGUCCUUUUUCUCUACCCCCCCCCCCCCCUCGCCGACUCUAAACGCGCUGGACAGACGGCCGGAUAAUAAUGCGAACUGCGAAUAUGCAUUGGCCCCAAAUGCAUCGAGAACUACCAACGACAUAAGUCCCUUUAAUCUCACCACAACUCGUCUGUCGAGAACAAUCGUCCAUAAUACUGUAAGAAUGGCCAAUAAUUCGAAUAAUCGAUUUAGUUGAUCAUAAAAAAGAACUGAUCGAUCUUUAAAUUACUUUUCUGUUACUGUUACGCGAAAUAAACAAUAUUUAAAUCGAUUUUUUUUUUUAGGGAAAAAAUAUUUUUCUUUCUUUUUUGAAAUCCGUGCUUUUCGUAGAGAACAAGCGAUUGCGGUAAGCGAUCGCAGAGAAACGUGAUCAAAAGUCGAUUAUUCCCAGGCCGUUUGCAGUGCAUCGAGACGGCGCGUCGCGUCGGCGUGGCGGAAAAGCAACGACGGCGACGAUAACGAGGACGAGGUAGGCGUCGCGUCGCGCGAUACUCAGCACCGCGGGGGCGAUGCUUUAAUCGCUCAGAAAGAAAAAAAAAUCAUGCGUCUCCUGACGGCGGUCGGCGCCGAUAUCGUUCCCGCGACACGCAGCAUCACCAAGAAUGUAUCGCUGGACAGCGAUGUUGGCCUACGCGGAUCCGAGAAGUGCGGCGGCAGCAGCAGCAGCAGCAGCAACAACGGCAACAGCAACGAGUGCAGCAGCGGAAUCCGCGACGGCGUUGGCUACGCCAGCGGCCACGACCGCGGCCAAUGGUACAAUCCUGGCAGCGACAGCAGCGAUAACGGCUACGCCAGCGAUUUCUGGGAAUGUACGUCUUCUAUCCGGCGGACGAGCUCCUGCGUAUCUAUGAAAAUCCGAUUCGGGAGUUCGUGUCAUUGACUGUCAACGACGCAGCGGUGAACGCCGAUUGCGAGGAGAUAAGUCAGCGGUAUUAUCAGCAUUAUCAUCAGCAACAGCAGCAGCAACAGCAGCAAUCGCUUCAGCAGCGGCGAAUCGCCGUUACGAACGACGUUCGCGUAAGGCGCAAGGAGAAGAAGCGAGAGACUAGUCAGACAUCCGCAGCCAGCAAGAGGCAAAUCGUGCGUAACGGCAACGGCGGCAGCGAGGCUGCCAAGAAGGAAGGACGACGAAACGAGGAGCAGCAGCACGCCAGGACUAUGCAAAAUAAUCGUGCCUCCGGCUCCGAAGAAGCCGCCACCAACCAUCCCCUCAAGGACCUUACGCAGCCAAGUCUCAACGAGCCGCUUAAGCAACAUAAUGGCGUCGCGCUCAAGCUCGUUCAGACGGUCUCCGAGUUCGCCCAGGAGCUGGGCGCCGCGAUGGAGAGCCAUUCGGCGAACGUGCGACGUCUGGUCGACGAGUUUCGCAGUCGAUCGAGCGACGCGAGAACCGAUGUCGGCGGCAUGCGACGCGUUUGGGAGAGCUUGUUGCGGCAGGUCGAGGCGGACGCGGCUUCUCACCUCGACCUCGCCGCGGUGCUGCAGCAACAACUGUCGAGGCCCACCUUAGAGGCGAGCUUCCACCGAAAGCUGCAAUCUAGGAAGGUAUUCGCCCAUCGCGACGCUUACGACCAGGUAGUUAGCAAGACGGAGGAGAAGCUACAGCGCGCCAGAUUGGAUUACAAGCGCGCCUACGCCGCGUUGCUAACCAACGAGGCCGGCGGCGGCGCCGAGCAGGAGUUGAAGCGCGCUUACCUGGAGUCGCACAACGCCUACAUCCUGCAGCUACGCGCCACGAACGCUAUUACCGAGCGCUAUCAGUUCCAUUGUCUGCCGGGGCUGCUGGGCGAGAUUGCGGAGGUCUACGAGGAACUUUGCGGAUUGGCCUGCAAAUGCGUCGCCGGGAUGUCGGACGCGGCCGGCGAGCGGUCCGGCGAGCAGGCCAAGCGUUAUCUGGUCGUGGCCAAGGAAGCGCAGUCGGUCAUACCGUCCAACGAUCUACAGGCCUUGGCGCGAAACCUAUCCGCGAACGCGACGCCGCGGAAGCCGCCGCGACGCCUGUACGUCGCGCCAGCACCACCCGAGCAGAUACCGAUGGAGAGAAUCAGUCAAAUACCCACACUCAGGGACGAACUGGUACCAACGGGCACCAGCACGCUCCCGCUCAUGGAGGACCUUAAGCGCGAGCACGACAGCCUCAGCCAGGAAAUAGGUCGUCUGCAAGACGCUCUGGACGCCCUCGUGCGAAUGCAACGCAAGAGCGCCGAGAGUAAUCUUUACACGAAAGUAGCCGAGCUGCAGGAAGAUAUUUCUUUGAAGCGUCUCGACCUCGGCGUGGCGCAACUGCGUUUGGCCGCGGUGCAAGCACAGAAGGAACUUUUCGGGGGCGGUGAUGUUGGCCAACCGGAUGGGGGGGUGGCCAGUCGGAAGAUGUCGAACGGUUCGACCCAAGGAAGUCCCAAGCUAAAAUGGCUGAAGGCGUUCAAGAGCCUAAAGACCAGCUCGCCCACGACACCGCCGCUAACCGACAAGAAGAGCCUCGAGUCCGAGGGCGGGCACACCUGGCGCGAGUACACGUACCGUAAGAUCACGCCGUGCGACGCGUGCGGCCAGGUGCUCCGCGGCCACAGCCGCCAGGGCGUACGGUGUCGCGGCUGCAAGGCAAACGCGCACACGGACUGCAUCAACAUGGUGCAACCGGCGCUGUGCCCGAGCCUGGCGCCGAAGAAGGGCGGCGGCAUACCGCUCCUGCGGCGGCAAAAGACGCAGGUCCCCGCGGACGAGGUGCCGGCGUCAUCCGAGCACAACGUGGACGCCAUAUACCAGGUGCUGAAGCAGGCAGGCGAGAUCCGUGGAAACUCAACAAACUCACCACCUACGCCUCCCACAGCAGAACACCCCCCCUCCGGUGCAGCACCUUCGUCAGCGAGGGCCUCCUCCCAUCCCUGUUCCUCGUCCACCUCUGCACCGCAUAGUCCGCAACGUAGACGCGAGAGGCUGAACCUGCGGAUGAAGAGCCUCAGUCUGGAUUCGCCGGAAGGCUCCGCGCACGUGCGGCAUCGUCCGCGGGAUUACUAUGCCGCGGGUGCCAGAGAAACCACACCGCCGCGACAUUCUGACAGCGGCAGCAUCAACAGGCUGUCGCCCUGCAGCCCGGGUCAGAGCCACAGUACGCACAAGCACGUGCGGAGCGCAGUCCGGAUGUCCAGCAUGGACCUGCCGGACGACAACGAGAAGUCAUACUCGUCGGCGAGCACGUCACCGUGCCCGUCGCCGCACACGAAUAAUCAGAACAACCUGAAUCCACCCGGCAAACGGGUCCUGCCACCGAACAAUCUCUACGUCGUUCUGUACAACUUCGAGGCGCGACAUCCAGACGAGCUGGAUCUCAAAGCCGGAUACAAAAUCACGGUGAUCGACAAAUCCGAGAAGGACUGGUGGAAAGGCAAAUGUCUCGGUGGCCGUGUCGGUUAUUUUCCAAGUGCGUACGUAAUGCGGGUCGAGUCCGGUCAAAGGACUCUACAGGUCACGCGUAACUUGCAGCUGGCUGAUCAAACUACUCUGCUGCGGGACCAGAUCGUGAUCCAAGUCGGCGAAGAGAUGGACGGGGUGGCGAUGGUGAGAUGCGCGGCGGACGUGCGUUCCGCGGACCACACGGGCAAGGAGGGCGACGUUCUCUACAAGGAGAUCCUCUGUCCCCUCAAGUACCUGCAGGAGGUGUGACAGCAGCCCUAUCAUCACCAGGUCGUACUACGCGGCGG